UUUUUGUCAGCACUAUCUAGAGAAGUUUGAAAUGCAAAUUUCAGUGUAUUAUAUAAUAUUAGAUGUACAUCUUAAGAAAAUGCCAAAAUGGACUUAUAAGAAAAAGAGAAUAUUUGAUUUAUGAAAUUAUGUGCGUGAUAAUCUCAUGUUAAUCAUUGGUUCCAAGUUAAGUUUUACCUUAUUAUCUGCACAAGUAUAAGUUCCAGAACGUUCGAAGAAUGGAUAUGCAGGUGCACCCAUUGCCUUGUACUCUUUCUGGAAAGUUCAGCUAAAUAUUUGACCAAAAAAGGCUUUGUGUAUCUAACUCUUCUAUUUAUAUGCCACAUACGUGGCCAAUCUCUUCACCACAUCUUCUUCCUCAAUUACCAUAAACCAACACACACCAAAAGCAGAGUGUUGUGUGUUUUCAAAAGACGCACUUCCCGCGUCUUUCUAAGCCUCCUUUUGUUUGUGUCGUCGUUGGUCUUCACUAAUUCAGAAACCCAAAUGAUUCGUCACGUCUCUUGCACCGAAACGUACGAAAAAAACAAUAUUAGGUCAAAGGUGUCAUCAUCGAAGGUCUAUUAUUGAUCAAAAGAAGGAAGAUGGAGCCGUCGUCGAGUUCGAGAGCGUGGUCAAUGCCGGUGCCAAUGAAAGGAUUGCAAGAACCAGGGCCAUGUCCGUUUCUAACAAAGACUUUCGAGAUGGUGGACGACCCAAACACAAACCACAUUGUGUCGUGGAACAGGGGAGGUAUUAGUUUUGUCGUGUGGGAUCCACAUUCUUUCUCCGCGAACAUUCUCCCUCUAUACUUCAAGCACAACAACUUCUCCAGUUUCGUCAGACAACUCAACACUUACUUUUGGAGGACCUCGACGAAGCGUUCGGCCUCCAGUUACUGCGAAAUGAUGGGAUUCAGAAAGAUUGAGGCAGAGAGAUGGGAAUUUAUGAAUGAUGGUUUCUUGAUGGGACAGAGAGACCUUCUCAAAAGCAUCAAGCGACGAACCUCCUCCUCUGCCCCUCCCUCGCUCCAUCACUCACAAGGCGAUCCCUGCGUCGAGCUCCGGCAAGAGAGGCAUGUCCUGAUGAUGGAGAUCUCGAGACUCAGACAGCAGGAGCAGAGAGCGAGAGGCUAUAUCCAAGCCAUGGAGCAGAGGAUCAAUGGAGCAGAAAAGAAACAGAGACAUAUGAUGUCUUUCCUGAGGCGUGCCGUGCAGAACCCCGCUCUUCUGCAGCAGCUGCUCGAGCAGCAGAGGAAAGAGCUAGAGGAGGCUUCGAUGGAUCAGGUCAAACCGGAGACAGUGGAACACGUUUCGGAGCUGGAGGCUCUGGCACUGGAGAUGCAAGGACAUGGACGUCAACGGACUGAGGAGGUGGAGAAGGAACUCGACGACGGGUUUUGGGAAGAACUACUGAUGAACAAGGAUGAAGGUGAAGAAGAGGACAAUGUGAACACAUGUUAGCUAGGUUCUUGUUCGAACCUAGUUAUCAAUAAAUUAAUGAAAUACAAAGGAGUUGUAUGAUAUUAAUAAUAGUACUGCUCGAGCAAUAAAAGCAAACAAUGAUGGAGAACCAGCAAGAUCAACGUCGUGUUUAGGGAUACAGACACAUAUAUUAUACAUAUAGCGUUGUAUGAACACCCCUAAGUUUUAUUUUAAAAAGAAAAUUCAUCACAAUUAACGACAACCAAUCACAACACUCGUUA